AAAUAUUUAACAGUUGCCAUUGGCCGUUGGUCCGUUGGUUAAUUAAUACUUUGUUGAUAUUGAUAAAGAAUAUUUUCGCUGGAACUACUUUUCACUUUCGGAUAAAAGAUCGACUUUAGGAAAUUAGGAAUUUACAUUUUACUGAUUUUACUGUUUUACGGAAAUACGGGACUUUACGUAGGACGCUCUUGACUUCCGUGAUUUUAACAGAAAACCGUGUUUUGACAAAUCGAUAAAUCACUUGAACGCCUAUAAACAAAGAAAGUGCCGGUUCAUUGCACUUUGACGCUUUUUUCUACUGUAAAAAUUGUAAAAAAAAAUAGUAGCAAAACACCAAGUGUGAAACAAUAAUUAAUGUGUUCAAUUUUCAUACUGAAUUUGUGAUUAACUAUAAAACUUUAUACAAAAGUUCGGGCGUUUUUCUUUUAAGCAGAAAGCAGCAAAGGAGGAUUAAUAAAUUUCAUAAAUUUCCAGUGGAUUAUUGAAAGAUUACGAAAUAUUUAUGGGCCACACAGCUAGAGAUUGGGAAAUGCUUCAAAUUAAGGGAGAGUUCCGUGAAAAAUUUACUCUCGAGGGUAAAGAUGAUUCCCACAACUUGUUGAGCAACAUGGUUGAUGUCCGAGCUUGUUACAAGCCCAGUGAAAAAUCAUGGUUCCGUGGCGUACGGAGCAGUAAAUUCCGCCACGUUUAUGGCGCACCAGCGAAGAGAGAAAAAUGUUACGACAACAUUAAAAUCACCAAGAACGCCCAUGAUUCACAAUUUUGCGCCGUUAAUCCAAAAUUUUUGGCAAUCGUCACUGAAGUUGCUGGCGGUGGAGCUUUUCUAGUUUUACCACUCGAUAAUACUGGUCGCUUGGAUUUUAAUGUCAGUAGAGUAACCGGACACACUGGCCCUGUACUCGACAUCAAGUGGAAUCCAUUCAACGACAACGUUAUUGCUUCGUGCUCCGACGAUUGCACGGUGAAAUUAUGGCAUAUUCCGGACGGUGGCCUGUCGAGAAACUUAACCGAUUGGAUAGUUGAAUUACAGGGACACAAGAGACGAGUGGCUUAUAUAGAAUGGCACCCUGUCGCCGAAAAUGUCCUCUUCAGUGCGGGAUUCGAUCAUCUCGUCAUUGUUUGGGAUAUAAACAGGGGAGAGGCCAUCAGCGUAAUCGACAGACAUCCCGAUGUAAUUUACAGUAUGUCUCUCAAUAGAGAUGGAAGUCUACUUGCCACCACUUGCAAGGAUAAAAAACUUCGAGUCUUUGAACCUAGAUCUGGAAUCGUUGUCUCGGAAGGAAUUUGUCAUGCUGGUACAAAAGCGAGUAAAGUGGUAUUUCUUGGUGGAUCCGGUAGAUUAUUAACCACCGGAUUUAGUAGACAUUCUGAUAGACAAUACGCCGUUUGGAGCCAACAUGAUUUAUCAAGUCCAUUGACUUGCGAAACGAUAGACUCAUCCAGUGGAAUUGUUUUUCCCUUUUAUGAUAAUGACACCAAUAUGGUCUACCUUGCUGGAAAAGGAGAUGGUAACAUUCGAUAUUACGAGGUAGUGAACGAAGCACCAUGGUUGCAUUUUCUCAGUCAAUUUAUUUCUGGAAAUCCUCAGCGGGGUUUGGGAAUUAUGCCGAAGCGGGGUGUCAGCACUGCAAACUGUGAGGUCUUCAGGUUCUUUAAACUUCACGCGACUCGCGGAAUGUGCGAACCAAUCUCUAUGAUCGUUCCGAGAAAGAGUGAUCAGUUUCAAGAAGACUUGUAUCCCGACACAAUUGGAACGACUCCGGCUCUUUCUGCCAAGGAUUGGAUCAGUGGCAUGAACAAUCCGCCAAUUUUAAUCUCCCUAAAAACUGGUGGCAGUAUUACAACACAUAAGCCUCGAAUUUACAAACCACCUCAAUUGACACCAGCGACUGAUUUAAAUAAUAAGAAGAAAUUUGCCUUUCUGUCAACUGAAACUGUGCCUGACUAUAGAUCCGUGGAAUUACUUGACAUGUCGGAAAAAAGUCAAAAAACCUCCAGCAACCAGAGCACAAAAUUCCAUCAGUUACAACAAAAAUUCGGCAAUAUUCAGAAUAACAUUGAGACCUCGGCAAUGAAUGACAAUAAAUUAGAAGCGGUGGACGAUCCGAACAACGAAGCCGAAUUGCGAUUAGCAUUCGCUCGACAAACAGACGAAUUACGAAUCGUUCGUCGUCAACUUGCAAACAGUCAAUUACGCGUUAAGGAACUCGAGGAACAAAUUCGAAAAAUGCAAAUUCACUGAGAGAAACUGUGAAGAAAAAAAAUCACUUUUCUCUUUUUCUGAUUACAAAAAUUGUGUCUGAAUUCGUUUCACAAUGAUCAAAAAAUUCGAAAGAGAAGAAUUUAUUUUCUGUUAAUUCACACAAAAAAUGAAUUUACUAUACUAAAGUAUAGUAUUUUUUUACUAUACUUAGUAGUGACUAAAGAAAAUUGGAAAUUAAA